AGUGGGGCCGGACGGAAGCGGAAGCGGGCGGAGAGCCCCCGGCGGAGCUGAGGCGGGCGGAGGGGUCCUCGUCAUGUCGGCCAGCGCCGUCUACGUGCUGGACCUGAAGGGGAAGGUGCUCAUCUGUAGAAAUUAUCGUGGAGAUGUGGACAUGUCCGAAGUGGAACAUUUCAUGCCAAUUCUUAUGGAGAAGGAAGAAGAAGGCACGCUUUCUCCCAUUCUGUCGCAUGGAGGGGUCCGCUUUAUGUGGAUUAAGCAUAACAACUUGUACCUUGUUGCAACAUCCAAGAAGAAUGCCUGUGUGUCUUUAGUGUUCUCCUUUCUCUACAAGGUUGUUCAGGUAUUUUCUGAAUACUUCAAAGAACUGGAAGAAGAGAGCAUUCGCGAUAAUUUUGUUAUCAUUUACGAGCUCUUAGAUGAACUUAUGGAUUUUGGAUACCCUCAGACAACAGAUAGUAAAAUUUUACAAGAGUACAUAACUCAGGAAGGGCACAAGCUGGACACAGGAGCUCCACGGCCCCCCGCCACGGUCACCAAUGCUGUGUCGUGGCGAUCGGAAGGGAUCAAGUACCGGAAGAACGAGGUGUUCCUGGACGUCAUAGAGUCUGUGAACCUCUUGGUGAGUGCCAAUGGAAACGUUCUGCGCAGCGAGAUAGUUGGAUCCAUCAAAAUGAGGGUUUUUCUUUCUGGAAUGCCGGAACUCCGUCUUGGCCUAAACGAUAAAGUUCUCUUCGACAACACGGGCCGUGGAAAAAGCAAAUCGGUGGAACUGGAGGAUGUGAAGUUCCACCAGUGUGUGCGUCUCUCUCGCUUUGAAAACGACCGGACCAUUUCUUUUAUCCCACCUGACGGGGAGUUUGAGCUCAUGUCCUACCGCCUGAAUACUCACGUGAAGCCGUUGAUCUGGAUCGAAUCAGUCAUAGAGAAGCAUUCCCACAGCCGUAUAGAGUACAUGAUCAAGGCCAAGAGUCAGUUUAAGCGCAGAUCCACAGCUAACAACGUGGAGAUUCACAUUCCUGUCCCCAACGAUGCCGACUCGCCCAAAUUCAAGACCACCGUUGGGAGUGUGAAGUGGGUGCCGGAGAACAGCGCGGUCGUGUGGUCUGUCAAGUCCUUCCCGGGCGGGAAGGAGUACCUGAUGAGGGCCCAUUUUGGGCUCCCGAGUGUCGAAGCGGAGGACAAAGAGGGGAAGCCGCCCAUUAGUGUGAAGUUCGAGAUCCCCUAUUUCACCACUUCUGGCAUCCAGGUGCGCUAUUUGAAAAUCAUUGAGAAGAGCGGCUAUCAGGCCUUGCCGUGGGUGCGCUACAUCACCCAGAAUGGAGAUUAUCAGCUACGGACCCAGUGAGAUUCUUCCAGCGAACACAGACAAGAACAGAAGCUAAAUCGGGUGCUUGAACGUCUUGGAGGCUGUCUUGGGAGCAGUGGGGGUAACUUGUUCCCUGGCUAGGAGAGGGAUCGCUCACGCUGCCCUUGACCGUGCACCACAAACCCAGCGCUUGAACCAUUAGUGCAGACCUUGUGAAUGUUUUGAUUUUGAUUUUUUACCUGGUUGAGUGUUGAUCAUAUUGUAAGUAGCAGUUGUCCUGAGAGGAGGAGGCCUGGAGAGAGCAGCCGCUUUGGUCUCUGAGCUGUAGAAGGUCCAAUGCAUUUGCACCGUAUUCUUUCUUUCUUUUGAAGCUUUGAGAGCAGAAGCCAAGUGUGGCUUCCUGGAGAAUUGCCUGCGCCACUUGGUGGUUCUAACAAAUCCCAGGUUGUCGUUCCCCUCUUCUUUAGGGGUGUCUUGAAAGCCCUCUUUGGUGGUGCUGCAGCCUUACCGGAAGAGCGAGAGCGACCGUCAUCUGUACGGUCCCCGGAGAGGCAAUGUUUGCCAAGUCCCCCGUUUCAUUGAUGCCCCCCUGGUCAAGAAAGACCGGGACAACCCGGGGGGGUGAGAGGAUAUCCUUUCACACAGAGGGCAGACAAUUAAAAAUGGGUGCCUGAACUAUGUCGUGCGGUAGAGCUGCGAGAGAAAAUGGGGGGGUAUGUAGAGCUAGAGUAGUUUUUUCCAGGCAGCAAAGGAUGCGGUGAGCCUGUCGCUGGAGUCAGACCAAAUCAAGCUGCAGUUUAGACUGGGUUCAGCCUCAGCUCCUUCCUGACAGGCUGGUUUUCAUCACCACAGCCCCAGAGCUGUCUGCAAGAGGGAGGCCAGAGCCGCGCACCCUUCAAAGGUGACCGCUACAUCCGACUUGAGGAGAGAGCUGGCGUGGCUGCCCAUUGCUUGGGGGAGACGUGUCCCUUGCCCCUUCUUGCCAUGACACUCCUGAGAGAUGAUUGACGUGUGUCCGCUGAAUGCCCAGUGCCUUCUCUGGGCAAAAAGGCAAAAUGUUACAGGUGUCGUUCAUUGUCUGAGUUGCCACUUCUGUUUUCAUGUGUUUCCUUUUCCCCCUGCAGGACGGUGGCUUUCCGUUCCAUCGUAUGUUUACAAGGGCUACUUCAGUGUUUGCUUUUUUUAAAGGCAGGUUUAAAAUGAAUUUCGGAACCCUGAUGCUCAAGAUGCGUUAAACCAGAACGUUUCGAACGCUGUCCGUUUUGUCCCAGAAAGUGCCGAUCAAGGGAAAGUUCAGGAACCCACCCCAGAGCAGUCCGGGGGGUGUGAUCUUGUGAGUGCAGCUUUCCUGGAGUGGCACUUAAAAUAUUGGAUGGGGCGAAAUGCAGCUUCAAGGGGAUUUUUGGAGGGGGGGGGCAGUGAAGGGGUUUAUUUCACUUCUGCAAGAACCGCCUCACUGAAAUCAGAACAUUCUUGCUCCAUGUAAGACACGCGGUCAAUCGUGCAUCAUGUUUAGCAAAGGUCAUUGUAUUCGUUGCCUAAAAGUCUGUUGAAAUAAACUGAACUUUCUUGGUC